AUGAUCAAGUCGGUCGGUGGAGCGGUCGCCGGACCUUCGCGCAUUCGGACGGUGCUGCCAUCUUCGUCGAAAGCAGCCAGACCACGUCAAGUCUCGGCAUCAUUGACAUCUCUACCAGCUCGGCCCCUCUCUACACUCCUUGCUGUCUCUGUUGCCCCUUCACUGACUUUAAGCAAAGGCAAACAAAGAGCACUCGGGCCCUCGAAGCUGUGCGGGUGCAGCUUUCAUCAAAAACGACACCAGCAGACGUUUGUCCGUACCCUCUCGCCAUCGGGAGGACAGGCUCGCAUCCAGCUCAAGUCGACCCGCAAUGGCGUUUUCGGGCUAUCCACCUCCCGCGGAACACGUCCGUACCAGGAAGACACCGCUUCUGUCUCCUGCCUCCAUGUUCCCGUCAACGAGUUGAGGCGCAACUACCUCAAGCUUCACUCGCUCUCGUCGUCGGCUGCAGGCGCAUCGGCGGCCAACGCUGCGUUAGAGUGGGAUCCUGAAAAAGCGGGUGGGGAAGAGUUGGCUGGUCAAGUGGUUUGGUUCGGAUGCUUCGAUGGACACGGUGGCCAGCAGGUGCCAAGCUUCUUGCGCGACCAGCUGCACCGCACGUUCGAAAGCGUGCAGGUCGACAUGGUUACGGACACUGUCCAAUAUACCAGAGAGCUGGGCGGUUACUUUCGUCGCUUCACCGGAGGUGUGCUCGAACGAUGGGUGCGCAAGGAUCGCCUCAAACCAGUCAGAGCUGGACCUGCUGCUGGACGUCGAGGGACAGCGGCAGCAGCUGUCAACAAGCAAGACGCCGCGUCUAAGAACGAUACUCCAACCAAGAACGGCGACGAGGACCACGUGGACCAUCUUACCAAGCCAGGAUCACUUCACGACAUGCUGAGCCAUCAAGGCAAGCCGCAAGGUUCCAGCAAGACCCUCCUCCAGCCUACGAGGCAAGACGGUGCGAUAAAGAUCGGCGGCUCAGCGCUUGGUCUAGGCGGCAAGUCUUCGGAGACAGUAGUCCCCCCAAACGGCAACGCAGACCAAGGCUGGGAAUCGAUGAUCGAGCGCAUCCCCCCACCCGAAGGAAUGGAAAAUGAAACCAUGACCAUGGCCGAGCGCCUCACGCUGGCGUGGCUCGUCACGGAUCGACGGAUUCAAUCAUCACCCCAACUCGAUGUCGGGGGCAGCACCGCAUCCGUCGCCGUACUCCACUCGCUCGACAUGCCUUCACUUCCCUGGUACUCAUCCGAAUUCGUCGGCGUUCACGUCGCGCAUGUCGGUGACACGCGUGUGCUCAUGUGCGCUGUCAAGGACGGCAAAGCUGUACCCCUCACCACGUACCACCACCCCGACGACCGGUCCGAGGCGGAGCGGCUGCGCAAGAUGGGCGCAGGCAUGAUCACCGACUCGUUUGGCGAGGCGAGGUGGAUGGGCGCCUUGGCAAACACGCGAGCAUUCGGCGAUUCGAGGUUCAAGAAAGUGGGCAUCACCGUCGAACCCGAGAUCUUCUCGCAGGUGAUCAGGGGAAGCGACUACGGCUUCUUAAUUGCAUUCAGCGACGGUGUGGGUGGCGUCAUGUCCGAUCAGGAGGUGGUUGAUUUAUGCAGGAAUGCUAAACAUCCGAGCCAGGCUGCGCAGAGCGUGCUGACAUUUGCAGAAGAGCUCGGUGCGCAGGACAAUUGCACCGCCAUGGUCAUCCCGCUUAAAGGGUGGGGUAAGGUGGGAGGGCAGGACCUGACCAGGGAGAGACGCGAGAUGCGAAGGUCCAAGAUCGAUCUUUACAGAGAUAACCGCACGUGA